UUAUUUAUUCAGAAAGCCUUAGGAAGUGCCGGGAGACUCAGCCAUGAGGCGGAGAGCAUACAGAUGCACCAGUUGUUUACAGUGAUUUUUUUACAGUCACUGCUUUGAAAGCGCCGUGAUCAAGUAAAGAAAUCGUUUGGAUUCGGAGUAGAGCGGCGUUUGCGCAGCUGUCAGAUGAUUUGAUGUAAUGUAACAGUCUGUGAUCGAUGGCACAUGCAUGUAAGACUACCAAGCGAGAUAUUUAAACGAGUGGAGGAGCCGGAUUUGCAAGGAUUGUGGUAAAACAUGUCUGAGGAGGUUAGCAGAGUAAAAUUCAGCUGAGGCUCUGAGUCCAUAUGGGCUUUUUAGAGCACUCCGAGAAACACUGACGUUUAAGUUGCAUGGGGCUAUUUUCUCCUCUGCGAGCGGAUAUAAUCAAGGUUGGCAAGAAUUACACAAAAGCAUAUGAAAACAUCAUCCUUCGUUGUCCAAAGGAGAAGGUCAGAAUUGGAACCUGCUUGGUCAAUCGUUUAAGAUGUCACUAUAGGAAAGACUGUGGCAGGGAGUACAUGUUGAUGAAACUUAUUUGUUCAGUGAGCUCAAACCAGAGCAGUCAUGCUCACGAGUACCCAGACUGCCAAGAAGGGGGUAACGAAGCCAGCCUGCUGGUGUCCCCUCUGGUGGUGGCUGGCAUCGUCAUCGGCCUGGUGCUCGUCCUCUCCUGCAUCACCAUCAUUGUGGGCAGUCUGCGCAAAGACAGCCGCCUGCGCAACCCCCACCUGCGUGCCAGCUACGCUCCAGAUGGCCUCUCAUAUGGUGGCUCCAUUGGAGAGCUGAGGUCCACUUGUGUUGAGGACUUUCCCCCUGCAUUUGACUUUGACUCCUACGUGGAGACGCUGUCUCAAGUCAACGUUGUGUACCCAGACUCCCCACCUCAUUACGAUGAAUGUGUGGGACAAGGGACGCAGAUAUAUGUUCCUACGGAUGAUCCGCCCCCCUACUCCCUCACAGACCCAUGCCGGGAGCAUCCCGCCCCACGCAGUCACAGAGAGAUGGAUGAUCUGCUCGCUGGGGCUUCUUGGGUGUCAGCAAAUGGCUCUUCCCAUUACACAACCAGACUACAGGACUUCAGGCACCAGCCAGUCGCCUCCAUCUCUUUGUCAGCCUUACCUUUCGAUGAGGCACCGCCAUAUGAGGCAGUAGCGAGUGAACAAAACCAGCCCCUUCCUCUGAUGCCCCUGGAUCUGCUCAAACACACUACAGCGGACUGCAGUCCUCAGGACAGCGUUUCCCACAGGAUUCUGUAAUCCUGUCCUCUCCGGCAUACUCAUGCAUCACCUGUACCAAACCAGCUUUGAGAGGGAUUCUUUUGUGUGGCUGGGGUCUCCUGAGUCAAGAGCUGAAACAGACAUCUGCUGAAGCCCACAGUUACCUCUGACUUCAGCCGACACUGAUACUGUACCUCAUGUUUUAUGUGACACUGCGGGAGCCACCACAAGAGCACAGGUCUAUCGGUCACUUUUUUGAGCAACACCUCACCUUGUCUUUUGCUUAUGGUAUAAUUAGAUGGCA